AUGGGUCGUCUCUACAGUACCUUUAUCGCCAUUCUGGUGUCAAUGGGCUCCUUUCUAUUUGGUUACGACAACGGUGUCAUGACCGAUGUCAUUGACUCCCCAAACUUCUUACAAUAUUUCCAUACUACAGAAACAUCAGCUAUCGUUGGAGCUAUCAACAGUGUCUACUCUGGUGGAGCAAUGAUCGGUGCCCUACAAGGUGGCUUGACUGUUGACCGUUUUGGGCGUAGACGGACUAUCCAAAUGGGCGCUUUGACCUGUCUUAUUGGCGCCACAAUUCAAGCAGCGGCUCAGAAUUUAGCCAUGAUUCUCAUCGGUCGUAUUAUAGCUGGCUGGGGCGUGGGAAUUAUGUCCAUGGCCAUACCAGUUUAUCAAGCUGAAUUUGCACAUCCUCGAUCUCGGGGGUUGAUUGUUGGAUUAACUCAGCAAAUGAUCGGUGUUGGAUCUCUCGUUAGCACGUGGAUUGGUUAUGGAUCGCUUCAUGCGCCAAGUACCAGUGAAUUCCAAUGGCGGUUUCCAUUAGCUGUUCAGGUCAUCCCGGCUAUUAUCCUGAUCAUUGGUAUGAUUUUUGUGCCGGAAUCUCCACGUCAUCUCAUCGAAAAGAAUGAAUACACCGAGGCAAUGCGGGUUCUCCAUAAACUCCAUCACGAUGGGACAAACGACGACUGGAUCGAGACUGAGUACCGCGCGAUUUGCCAGGCGAUUGAGUUUGAGAAGUCGAUUUCAACGCCAGGUUGGAUAGCCAUGUUUACCGUUCCAAAAUGGCGUAUUCGAAUGCUACACGGACUUGCGGUUCAGAUAUUCACGCAGAUGACAGGCAUUAACGUCAUUUCCUACUAUCAGACAAUUAUGUUUAAAAAUCUUGGGAUCUCAGGGAAUCUCAACACACUCGUUGUAGGGAUUUACAACUGUGUUGGCCCAAUCACCAACUUCAUCUUCGUGAUUUUUAUACUUGACCGAGUUGGACGACGGAAACCCUUGCUUUUUGGCACAGUCACUAUGUCCAUUGUAUUGAUAUGUGAGGGUGUGAUCAACUCACAAGAUCCAGAUGGCACGCGGACUGGAUGCAGUGUCGCUGGGAUAUUUUUCUUAUUUGCCGUGUCGAUUACAUUCUCUCUAUCAUUUGGUCCUUGUAGUUGGGUUUAUAUGGCCGAGGUUAUGCCAAUGCAAAUUCGCGGCAAGGGCAGUGCAUUCGCUGUGGGAGUUGGUAGUUGGGCGGUCAGUGCAUUGUGGAAUGAAGUUUCACCCAUUGCUCUUGGGAAGAUCCAAUGGAGAUAUUAUUUUAUUUUUGUGGCAUGGAAUCUCUGUGUGACCUUUCCAGUCAUAUAUUUCUUCUUUCGGGAGACUAAACAAAAAAGUCUGGAAGAGAUUGAUCUGCUCUUUGAUCAACGAUUGUCGGAUAGAUCCUCUGUAGAUGUAGAUACAGAGUUGGGCAAAAAGGUAUAUGCAAAUGUAUUGAGAGCCAAUAUAGAGGAUAUUACAUUCCAAGGACACUAA